AUGGGUAGAGUAGCACAUGUUAAGGAAGAAAGAAAAGAGCUAGCAAAGGAUGUUCACAGGCUUGCUUGCUUGAGAGCUCGUUUUAUGAGCAUAUCAGAUGGUGGUGUAACAGUCCAGAAUGGAUCAGAAUCAUCAUUGGUAGCAGAUGUUAAGGAAGAAUAUGGAAGGAAGCAUGAGGGUAAAUGCUUAGCCAGUACGUAUGGUUGCUUUGGUUGUGGAAUGAGUGGUCGCAAGAUAAUGGAUUGUCGAUCACUUACUUCUAAGGGAAGAGAAGGUAGACAAGCAUCGCCAACAGGUUCGGGUUCAAGUGCACCAAAGAAAAUUAGAUUUUAUGCACUUCAAACUCAUCAUGAUCAAGAGGGUUCUCCCGAUGCGGUAACUGGUAUUUUGAAAGUCUUUCAUCUUGAUGUUUAUGAUUUCCUUGAUCCUGGUGCUACUUUGUGUUUUGUGAAGCCAUAUGUGGUUAUGAGGUUUGAUGUUCUUCCAAAUGUAUUGUUAUGA